AUGGGUAUUGUAUGGAAGGAGACGCUCUCGGUGAACAACAGAGCCUUCAACAGCGUUCACUUCAACCAAGUCAACAAAUGGACGGCAGAGAAUGCUGACUUCCUCCUCAGUAACUCUGUGAUCGACCCCGCAAACCUUCAAAACGUGCACCCGCUAACAAGACCUAUAACAAUGAUCGAGAUGAGAGGGGAGCUGUUGGAACGAUGGCAGAGCGGCCAGGCUCCGGAAGUAGCACAAGACGAAGAGGCCUACCUGGAGGGAACCACUGAGGAGGAGGAGGAAACAGUGAUGAAGAACACAGCCGGGCUGAAGGAGGAAGACAGCGUCUCCCACCGCUACUUCCCUCCUGUUGUCGGUAGACUCAAGUGUCUGAAGGAAGUACAAGACCGCGUUGCAGGAAACAUGAGAACAUUCUCUCAGCUCAGUCUGGUGGAGAGUGAGGAAGCCAUGGCCCUUCAGCGGCAGUGGCAUGAGGUGGAGGCGUGCCUGAUGGAGUACGUGAAGAAGGUGGUGGAGGAGUGGAGGACUCUGGCCUCGGCUGACUACACACACGCCCUAAGCCAGCCAAUUAUCUACCGACGACCCGACUUGACUAUUGCUGUUAACUUCAGUUCCGAGAUGAUGCAAAAGCCAGUCUUUGAGUAUGCCGCCCCAUCAUGGAACCCUUCAUCUAAAAUAGCACACAGCGGCAGUGGCCGCUGUGUGCUAUUCUGCUCAAAUUCUGCUCAAAAUUCUGAUUCUGAUUCUGCUGAUUCAAAUUCUGCUCAAAUUCUGCUCAAAAAGGAGCUGUUGGAACGAUGGCAGAGCGGCCAGGCUCCGGAAGUAGCACAAGACGAAGAGGCCUACCUGGAGGGAACCACUGAGGAGGAGGAGGAAACAGUGAUGAAGAACACAGCCGGGCUGAAGGAGGAAGACAGCGUGUCCCACCGCUACUUCCCUCCUGUUGUCGGCAGACUCAAGUGUCUGAAGGAAGUACAAGACCGCGUUGCAGGAAACAUGAGAACAUUCUCUCUGCUCAGUCUGGUGGAGAGUGAGGAAGCCAUGGCCCUUCAGCGGCAGUGGCAUGAGGUGGAGGCGUGCCUGAUGGAGUACGUGAAGAAGGUGGUGGAGGAGUGGAGGACUCUGGCCUCGGCUGACUACACACACGCCCUAAGCCAGCCAAUUAUCUACCGACGACCCGACUUGACUAUUGCUGUUAACUUCAGUUCCGAGCUGGUGAGGGCGCUGCAGGAGCUGAGGUACGUGUGGGUGGUGGGGGAGAACCUGCAGGAUGGCGCUGAGCUGGCCGCCCGCCGCAGCACCUUCAGGAAGUACACUGCCAACCUCCAGCUCGUCACCGACUGGUACAACCACAUCAGAACAAACACAAACGACGUUGAAUUCAGUCUCAUCAAGCAGGAAAUUGAGGACAUCGAUAACACUAUCGCAAAAUCCGAGAAUGAGCUGACAUGGAACUCAGACGGAGUGUGGGAGUACAUAGAAGUUCUCCGCGACACUGUCAGCAACUUGGAGAGCCGCGUCCAGAAGGCCCAGACCAACUUGAAGCGACUGGAUGGCAUCUUAGACAACUGGGUUCAGAAGCCAAUCUUCGAGAGACGCGACGGCAAGAAAGACACUCUGCUCAACCUGGAAGACAAGACCGACAGACUCAAGAAAGUGUAUAGCAUAAUAGAACGGGACGGAGCGAAGAUCUUAAGCAUGGUGGAAGAGAACAAGACGUUACUGAAGGUGUGUGACGGCUCCAGACACUGGGACAGGUACCUGCUCUUCCUGGACCACAUGAUAACUCGGGGCCUGGUGGACGCCGCCAGUUGCAGUCUCUUCUACCUGCUGGACAACUGUGAACCACGCGUGAACCAGUUCCCGUUGCUGGAGGCUCGGCUGGAGCUCCAGGACACCCACCUCAUCAUCACUCCCUCCCCUGAGGAGCUGGGGGCCCUGGCUGAGACACUAGUUAGUGAUAUCCUUCACGCCUCUACCCUCGUCCCGCGCCUCGCCACCCACCUCCACGCCACUUACCUGCCUGACGUCGUGAAAGACGAAGAGAUAAUAGACCUGAAGGAGAUCCUGCUUGAGAGGUUUCGGAUAGUGGCGACUAAGUCGGCUGAACACAGAGAUCAGUUCCUGCAGCACCAGGCACUCUGGAAAGACCGACGUAGCGAGAUGCUUGAUAAGUUCCUCUCCUCCGGCGACAACGGAGCCCAGCCUUCCCUGGCGCAGUUCAGACAACAGAUUGACCGCUACGAGGCCCUCUACACUGAGCUAGAGGGCAUCGAGACCACUGUGGUGUUUGACAAGUGGUUCCGUCUAGAUGUGAGGCCCUUCAAGCACAGCCUGCUGGCCAACACCAAGAAGUGGGCUCGCAUGUACAAGCAGCACCUCAUCAGUCAAGUUACAGACAGCCUGACGGAACUGGACAAGUUCAUCAAGGAGACGGAGGUGGGGGUGGCACAGGACCUGACUAGUGGCGACUAUGACACGCUCGUCUCCAUCAUGGGACACCUGGUGGCCGUGCGUGACAGGAUCCACGCUACGGACGCCAUGUUCGAGCCACUCAAGGCUACGAUUGCCUUGGUGAAGCAAUAUGGUGACGACCUCCCAGAAACAAUGCACCUCAAGCUCCAGGAGUUGCCCGAGCAGUGGGAGUCGUUGAAGAAGCAGUGUGACCUGGUCCGCCAGCACGUCGCUCCUCUCAAGGCCAGUGAGGUCAACGGCAUCAGAAGAAAGUGUGUCAAGUUCGAGACUCGUCAGGGAAGCUAUCGAGAGAAGUUCAAGAAAUAUUCCUUCUUCAACUUCGACUGUGAGCUGCCCUACUGGAGGCUGGAAAAGGUAAAUGCUAGAGUCCGUCGACUGGAAGAGGAGAUGAGGAAUCUGCAGGAAUCAGCCAUACUCUUUGAGGUAGUCAUCCCAGAAUUCAAGUUCAUGAAGGCGUGCCGGAAGGAACUCAAAAUGCUUAAGCAACUGUGGGACCACACCUGUCUGGUGAGAGCCAGUGUCGACCACUGGAAGACCACCCCCUGGAGGCAGGUCGACGUUGAGAACAUGGACAUUGAGUGCAAAAAAUUUGCCAAAGAUAUCAGAGCCUUGGAUAAAGAGAUGCGAACUUGGGACGCCUACAUUAACCUUGACUCGACCGUGAAGAACAUGUUGACCUCACUGCGGGCCGUGGCGGAGCUUCAGAACCCCUCGCUGAGAGAGCGCCACUGGGGCCAGCUGCUGGUCGCUACCAAGAGUGAAGCUACCACCAAGAGCUUCGUGAAUAAACGAUCUCUCCUUUUACCAGAGUCUGACCUCCUCCAACAGGCCAACUUCGUGGACAACCCGGCGACGACCCUGGCUGAUCUGCUCGAGCUCAACCUCCACACAUACGAGGACGAGGUCAAGAAUAUAGUUGAUAAAGCAGUGAAGGAAAUGUCCAUGGAGAAGAUUAUCAAGGUUCAGCUGCAGAACCUGAUGACUUCAAAGUACAUCGAACACUUCCUGGAGGAGGUAUCCAUGUGGCAGAACAAACUCUCCGUCGCUGACCAGGUCAUCACUCUCUGGUUUGAGGUACAACGGACUUGGAGCUACUUGGAGUCUAUAUUUAUCGGGUCGGAUGACAUCCGUCGCCAGCUGCCUGAAGACUCGGCCAGAUUCGACCAGAUUGACAUUGAUUUUAAGGUAAAAGUUGGAACAUUCAAGACAUUUCUUAGAAUACUUUGUAUAAUUGGAGGGUUCACUACUGUAAUAUUAUGGGUAAAAAAGUGUGGUAAUAUUAAGAGUAUUUGUUGA